GUGCGCCAGCCGCGGCGGAGUCGUCCGGCUGCACGGCGUUUGCUUUCCAAGACCGUAGUGAGUCAGUCAGUCAAGCGUCGACCAUCGCCGGCGUCAGACGCUCGUCUUUCGCCUUUCGAAAAGAACUCUGACGUACGCUCGUACACCUUCGGUGCGUGUCUCAUUCCGGCUCGUUAUGAAUUUCUCUCGCGAGGCCUGCGCGAAGAUCGAUCGAAAGUUGUGACCGCCGGUCGAAAAGAGUUUCUUCAAUCAAAGACGAUUAUCGAUGGAGCUUGAUCGCGGUUCGUUUCGUUGAUUUCGCAAAAAUUUCCCGAUCGAUCGUUGAAGAAACGAACGCUGAGAAUCGACAACGCGGGCAACUUUUCACGAUAUCGUUAAAACACGACGCACACGGACAGUGCAGUAAAGCAGAGACUGGUAAAAUGUUGUCGCGGAACUUGUUGACUUUUGCGACGAUAGUGUCGAGCCUGUCUGUGGUGGUUGGUGCUUCCGUGGAUCUGGAUUCGGGGGACUACGAGGUGCUGGCCGAUAACGAUGGGAAAUCCAAUGACAACGACUCGCCGUCCGUCCGUGAGGUGAGGUGUUAUUGCAAUCAACCGGAAUGCGUGCCUCAAGGAUACAUGUGCCGUGGCAGGGGCUGCUUUUAUCCAUCGUUAUUAAGAGCGGAGCAUAGCGCUUACAGUGGUUGUCUCGACGAGAGCUUCAAAGAACAGCAAUGUCCCACGGGAUACCUAUGUUGUGAACAGGAUCUUUGCAACCACGUAGAUAGCCCAGCCAUGAGAAACAGGCUCAACAAGACUCUCCAAGUGCUGGUAGGUGACCAACGACCUUUUCUCGGCCCGGUGCAGCCGAUCAGUCACCGAGGUCAAUCGACAGAUGGAUGGUUCAAGACUGCCACGAUAGCUGUACCGAUUUGCGGUCUGAUCGUUCUACUGAUACUGGCCAGUCUUGCCAUUAGAUUACUGCAGCCUGUGCCGACGCAAAGCGACAAACUCGGACCACAUCGGAUGCCCGGUAAUGGGCCACCGUUAUUAGGACCACCGAAAGUGCCUCUUGUUUAAUUAUCUUGCAAUCCCAAAGACGUUCGAUAAAGUGUUCUAGCGGAUAGACAAUCAGUAAGACUAACUAAAAAGCUAGCGGGCUUGUAUAGCUCCACUUGGCUGUGAAUUUUGUGAAAAAAAGCGACUGCUGUAAAUUAUAACAUAUGCGUGUUGUGCAUCGAUAGCUGCAAUUCCUCUGAACAACCUUGAAUGAUCGUCGUAUGAUUGAAGAGUGAGAAAGGGCCUGUGAAACAGGGCCUUUGUACAUGACGUUAGUUGAAAGAAAAAAAAAAAGAGAGAAAAAAAUAAAACGCAUGAUAUCAUCUUUAUUUGUAGCAUUGUAAAUAGAUUAUGUAUUUUGUAUUGUAUAUUAAAUGAUAUUCGCUUGUUUAGGCGAUGUACAAAUUUUAAUUGUAAUCAAAUUUUACGAUAUCGUCAGACUUCGAUGUUGUUCGAUGAAUCUAGCCACAAAAUCAUAGUAAUGUUAUAAUAUAAUCUCGAGGGACAUACACAUAAACCAGCAGUACGGAGAAUUGUGUUUUUCCAUCGAAAAAUAAUGUCGACGAAAAAUGAAGAGCGCUAAGAGUCUGAUAUUUGUUUUUUUUUAAAUUGUAUAAGAUACUUCUUACCGGAAAUUAGUUAUUCUGGUACAUCUGGUACAUCUUAUACUAAUUGUAUAAGAUACUUCUUUCCGGAAAUUAGUUAUUCUGGUACAUCGUGUACUCCUCACAUAAUAAUCAUAUUCCAUAUAAAUAUUAUUAUAUUGUGAUAGUAUGACAUAACUGUAUAAUAAUUACAUUAUUAAAUAUGUACCACAACUUUGUUUUACAACGUGUCACUCAUGAGGGAUAAAUCGAUACGAAAAUCGACUUAAAAUAUAUUGAAAUAAUUUUUCAGUAA